AUGGAGAGCGACUUGCCGCUGACGAUUCCGCUGGCGACGCUUGCCUCGCACUUUGACUGUCCUAUCUGCCUCACCACGCUCUCGGACACAGCCAUGCUGCCGUGCGGACACAACUUCUGCCGGCCGUGCAUCCUCGAGUGUCUCAAUCGCGAGCACCUCUGCCCGUGCUGCCGGGCUGCCGCCACGGCUGCUGAUGCCCGACCCAACCAUCAUCUGGAUGCCACCGUGGCGCUGAUCGAGACCGAGGCUGACAAGGCCUCGCGCGCCUACUUUGAGCAGCUCACCUCGGGGCGUGACGGCGGCGGUGGCGGCGGUGGCAGCGAUGCAGGUGCCGAAAAGGACGGCCAGGCGAGGAACGUGCCGGUGCGUGACUUUACUCCCAUCGAGCGGGUGUUCCAGACCGCGAUGCGCGCCUCGCUCGCGGCGUACACCGAGUACUAUGACAAGGUCAAGGUGGCGCAUGAGACGUCGCUGGUCAAUCUGCAGCGAUCGGCGGCGGCCGAGCUGACCCAGGCCAAGUCGGGCAUUGCCGCCCGCGCCCGCGCUGCGUCGCUUGCUGGAAACACCGAGAGCGAGACCGAGCUCAAUGCGCAGCUCGAGCAGGUCAUGGUUGCGCACACCCAGGCGUUCGAGGCCAAGCUCUCUGCAGAGCGGGCCAAGUUUGAUGCCUCAGUCUCGGCACUGGUCGACGCAUACUCGCGGUAUCUGGACGAGAACGUGCCUGCGGUCGAGUUUGUGCCUGUUCCGCUCUCACUUUCUGUCCCGUCGCGGUCGCUGGUCCUCGAUGGCAGCAUCGUGCUGGAUCCGAUGCACACGGUCGAGGACGUGCACGCCCGCGCGAUCGAGCUUCUCUGCACCGAGGAGCAUGGUAUUACGCAAUGGGAGAUUGGCAGCGUCGAGUAUGUGCUGGAUGAACAGGUGCUCGAGCCCGGGACGGGCGUGCCGAUCCGCGCGGCCUGCGGCGCCGAGCUAGUUGCAGGCGCUUCUAUCGAGCUCCGCGGCGAGCUCGCGUCGGCCGCCGACGUCUGCUUCUCGGCACUGCCGUUUGAGGACGGCGCCGGCGUCCGGGUCACCUACUACUCGUGCGAUGAAUGUAGCAAGGCCUGGAUUUGCGAGUCGUGCGCCAAAGCGUGCCACGCCGGCCACACCGUCUCGCUCCAUCUGUGCAACUACGAGCCCAACUAUGCCUGCUGCUACUGCGUCCGCACCAAGUGCUGCGUCCUCGAAAACGCCAAGACGCUUAAGAAAAAGCGCAAACUCGAGAAGAAGCAGCAGGCUGCCGGUCCAUCGGCAUGA